AUGAACGACCUUAAGGAAAAGAAGAACAAGAAAACACAGACGGCGUCAAAGUCCGAACCAGUCGACCUCGAAGCGGGAAGGCAUGUUGAUGAACCGGAUGCGGCAGAUGUGACCAAGGCUGUCUACGACGUUCCUGGUGCAUCUGUCUUGCCGCACACUGUUGGUGCCGCCAAAGAAGAGACUGCAGCAGAGUCCACGGAUACAUUCGCUGCAGAAUCGUCGAAGGGCGAUACGAUGUCGGACGACUCUACACCGGCGGCAAGCGAAGAACCCUCAAAGACCACGAGGACAGAUGUUCCACCACCACCCAAGAUCAAGAUCACUAGCCCGAAAGAUACGUACAAGACCGUUCAAGAUAAUGAUGCCGAACCGAACUCCGCAGAUGUGGUCAUGCCAGACUCGUCCAAAGCGAAGACCAUCAAGGACCGUACCAACGAAGACGUCACCGAAUACGCUGUCGAUGUUGCGGGGAGCGGCAACGUUGCACCGAAGUCGAAAGAUUCGGUCACGCCAGAAUCGGCCACGGCUGGCAUCGUCAUGGGCAAUCAGAACGAAAAUCGCUGCCUGAUUCAUUUGGUAUCUACAUGGUCGUUUGCCCCAGAGCCUCCUAAGAAGAGCAUCGCUACGGAGGCAACCACUGCAAAGAUUGGUCAUGAGAAUGCGGCAGUAGCUUCCACCGACGUGCCAGAUCCAUCACUCCUGUCUGAGGCAGAGCAGGAUGUGAUGUCGAAGACGACGGCUGUACCAGGCCCUUCCACCCCCAAGAAGGCUACCAAAUCUCACGGAUUACCACCUCUCCCACCGUUCAACCAUGAGGCUUUCUCCCAUGUCAAUAACAUUCGACGACUGACUGUCAAGAUAUUCGCCCUUCCUUGGCACAUUCAACAACGUCCACUAGCUCGUCCUAAGCCGGAGCUCCCGGUACUUCCUGAACACGUGCGAUCCGACAUACCUCCAAAAGCGCGGAGAUUCUCACAAGCUCUCAUGGGAUCCCAAGUCGAGUUUCAAGGACAUCAUUUCGACUUACAUCCAUUGGCCCUACAACGGCAACUUCCCAACCGGAACCAUCGACAGCGACAAAACCAAGGUUGGCGCUGUACUUCUGCACUUGCCGAGCAAUAUGUCCUCCGCGACAAGCUCCUGGAUGACACGUAUAGGAAUGAUAUUAUGGAAUACUUCGUCACGAUACACGUUUGGACACGCAAGCUUACCUUCUGCUCGGUGAUGGAUGUCGUGUACAACGGCACGAAUCCGGGCUCGCCUAUGCGACAGCUGCUUGCCGAUAUGCAUGCGUUCAUCGUCAUUGAUGAUGUUGGCAAGCUGGAGAUGAUGGACGAUAUGCCGGAGGCGUUCGUUAAGGACGUGUUGAAGAGAGUGCUGGUGGUCAGGCCGAAUGGGGUGGAUGAUUGGCGGUGGUACCUGAAGAAGACUGGGAAGAUGUAUCAUUAG